AUGCCAAUUCCAUUUACUUCUGAGCGUCAGACCUCCGUUGUCGUUGUCUACCCCGGUUUCACAAUUUCAGCACUACGAGCCGCCGCCGCAAAAAAGAACUCCAACCCAACCAAUGAAAUAUAUACUUCGCGCAUAUCAGACAAUGAUUCCCCGUCCACCGAUUCGCUCCCCAUUUACGAACUCAAUACACCUAAGAUGAAGCGGACAUUGUACAUCUCAUUCAUAACAUUGUCCGAAAUUAUCAUCGCUUGUCAGCAAUUUCGGAGUAUGAAGCGAUGGCAAUCACCUCGACAAGACGCCUUGGAAGGAGCUCAGUGA